GCCAUCUGCGCCCCAUUGUGCCGGGGCAGGGGGCCGUGCCAGGCGCCCCCACACUGCCGCUGUCGUCCAGGCCCCACCGGCCCCCGCUGCCAAAGAGCCACCCCAGGGGGCCGGGGGGAGACCCCUGCUGCAGGGCUGCCCCCCACCCCGGUGGCCCCCCGCCCCCCCGCCUCGCUGCGCUGGCAGCCGCUGACGCUCUCGGAGCUGUGGUCGGUGCUGCGCCGCCGCACACGCCCUGCUGACAAGAUGAGCUCGCUGCUGGCCAGGCACCUGGAGACCCACAGGGGACAGGGACCCUCCCAGGGGCAGACACCCACCAUGCGCCCGCCCCACGGCCAGCACCGGCCCCACGUGCCUGUCCUCUGCCCGCUGAUGUGCCGCAACGGGGGGGUCUGCGCCCAGCGGGACGCCUGCCUCUGCCCCCCCGACUUCACCGGCAAGUUCUGCCACAUCCCUGCCAACCGCACGCAGCGUGCAGGGCCCCCCCGGCCCGGCCCCCCCCCGGGGGAGCCCCAGCCCCUCACCAAGUCCGUGUACACCCUGCCACUGGCCAACCACCGGGAGGAGCAGGAUGGCGCCCUGUCCAUGGUGAGCAUCCACGUGCAGCACCCGCCCGAGGCCUCGGUCACCAUCCACCAGGUGGAACGGGUCCGCGGGCCCGGCGCCAACGAGGACGAGGCGGCGGCGGCCCCCAACACCCUGCCGGCCCCCAAUGCCCUGCCGGGCCCCCGCUCGGCCCUCUACAGCGUCCUGGCCCAGAGCAGCCCCCACGUGCCCGGCUACGGCGAGAGCGCCGGCUACGGAUACUGCUUCCGGCAGCUCCGCGACGGAGAGUGCAGCUUGCCCCUGCCGGGCUUGCGGACCCAGGAGAUCUGCUGCCGCGGGGCCGGCGUGGCCUGGGGCGUCCAUGAGUGCCAGCCCUGCGACCAGGAGACGGCCAACCUGCCGGUGCUGGGGCAGCAGGACACCCCAUGCCCCAAGGGCUUCCAGCGCUCCAACGGCUCCUGCAUGGACGUGGACGAGUGCCGGGAUGGUGCCUUCUGCCAGAACGGGCUGUGCACCAACACACGGGGGAGCUUCGCCUGCCUCUGCCACUCAGGCUACAUCCUCGACUCGUCCCGCAGCAGCUGCAUCUCGCACCAGGUGAUCUCGGAGGCCAAGGGCCCCUGCUACCGCGUGCUGCGGGACGGGCAGUGCGCCCUGCCCACCCUGCGCAACAUCACCAAGCAGAUCUGCUGCUGCAGCCGCGUGGGCAAGGCCUGGGGGCAUGGCUGCGAGCGCUGCCCCCCCUUCGGCUCUGAGGGGUUCAAGGAGAUCUGUCCAGCGGGACCCGGCUACCACUACUCGGCCUCCGAUCUGCGGUACAACACCCGCUACCUGGGCCAUGACCUGCCCCGCGUCCCUGUCGGCCGCCCCCGCAGCACCACCGUGGCUCCGCCGGCCACCCCCCGCUGGCGCGGACCUCCGCAGGGGCCGGAGGAGCGGCGCCCCGGCCGGCCGCCCCCGACGCGGCCCCCGCCCAUCCCCGAGGUCUUCGUCGUUCCUCGGCCCACCCCGGGGCCCGCUCGGCCCGUCCCCACGGCGGCCCCCCGCCAGGUGCCGGUCCCAGCGCCCAGCAGCACCGUGUGCGAGCGAAACCCCCAAAUCUGCGGCCCGGGGCGCUGCGUCCCCCGCCAGGGCGGCUACACCUGCCUCUGCCACCCUGGCUUCUGGCUGAGCACCCAGGGCACCCACUGCAUCGAUGUGGACGAGUGUCGUCAGAGCCCCCGUCCCUGCACCAACGGCCGCUGUGAGAACUCGGUGGGGAGCUACCACUGCGUCUGCGCCCCCGGGUACCGCGCCGACGCUGCUGGCACCGACUGCCAGGACGUUGACGAGUGCACCCAGCAGCCCUGCGCCGGUGGCCGCUGCGAGAACACCCCUGGCUCCUACCGCUGCGUCUGCCCUUCUGGGUACCAGCUCGGCCCCCCGGGCACCGGCUGCACAGACAUCGAUGAGUGCGCCCAGAGCCCGCAGGCCUGUGCACCCGGGCGCUGCGAGAACAUGCCCGGUGGCUACCGCUGCGCCUGCCCUGGCGGCUACCAGCCCAGCCCCGAUGGCACCCAGUGUGUCGACGUGGAUGAGUGCCAGCAGAGCCCCCGGCCCUGCGCCUACGGGCGCUGCGAGAACUCGCCCGGUGGCUAUAGCUGCUCCUGCCCAGCUGGCUUCCAGGUGAACGAGGAGGAGACCCAGUGCGAGGACAUCGACGAGUGCGAGAACCACCUCGCCUGCCCAGGCCAGGAGUGCAUGAACACACCGGGCUCCUUCCAGUGCCGGCCGUGCCGCGAGGGCUACCAGCUCCGCAACGGGCGCUGCACAGACGUGGACGAGUGCGCCGCGGGCUCGCCCUGCGGCCCCCACGGCCGCUGCAGCAACACGGACGGCUCCUUCAGCUGCGAGUGCCGGAACGGGUACCGGGCCGGCGGGGCCGGCGGGCCCUGCGCAGACGUCAACGAGUGCCUGGAGGGCGACUUCUGCUUCCCCCACGGCGAGUGCCUCAACACCGAGGGCUCCUACACCUGCCUCUGCGCCCAGGGCUACAGCACCACCGCCGACGGCACCGCCUGCGUCGACGUGGAUGAGUGCCAGCGCGGGGGCGUCUGCGAGGGGGGCCGCUGUGCCAACACCGACGGCUCCUUUGACUGCUACUGCCCGGCGGGUUUCCGCACCGAUGCCGACAAGGCCCUGUGCCAGGACGUGGAUGAGUGCCAGGAGUACGGGGCCGUGCUGUGCGGGACCCAGCGCUGCGAGAACAUCCCCGGCUCCUACCGCUGCGUCACCGACUGCCAGCCGGGAUACCGGGCUGGCGCCGACGGGGACUGCGUUGACGUGGAUGAGUGCCGGGAGUACGGGGGCGCCUGCGGGGCCCAGCGCUGCGAGAACCUGCCCGGCUCCUACCGCUGCAUCACCGACUGCCAGCCGGGAUACCGGGCCAGCGCCGGCGGGGACUGCGUCGACGUGGACGAGUGCGCCAACGGGACGCUGUGCGGGGACCACGCCGUCUGCCACAACCUGCCUGGCUCCUUCCAGUGCGUCUGCGACCAGGGCUACGAGACCGCCCGCGACGGCCGCCACUGCCAGGACGUGAACGAGUGCGAGACGCUGGCGGGCGUCUGCGGGGCCGAGCUCUGCGAGAACGUCGAGGGCUCCUUCCUCUGCCUCUGCCCCGACAGCCGGGACGAGUUCGACCCCAUGACGGGACGCUGCACCCGGCCGCCCAGCGCCGGCCGCCCGGCCCACGGCCCCGGUGCCGGUGCCGGCGCGGCCGUGGUGGUGCCAACCACUGCGGCGCCCCGGCCCCCAGCGCAGCCUCGCGCCGGUGCCGCCGCCUGCUUCAGCAAGGCGUGCGGGGUGCUGGCUGCCAACGUCACCCAGCAGCAGUGCUGUUGCAGCGUGGGCUGGAGCUGGGGCCGCCAGUGCCCCGCGCAGCCCUGCCCGGCCCCCGGCACAGGGGAAUACCACACCAUCUGCCCCCACGGGAUGGGACAAACCUCCUCCGGACCCCAGGGCUCACCCGCAGAUGUGGACGAGUGCGCGCUCUUCGGGCCGCAGCUCUGCAAGGGAGGGAUGUGCGUCAACGCCGCCGCCGGCUUCAGCUGCUACUGCCCCAGCGGCUACUACUACGAGCAGGAGCAUCUGCAGUGCAUCGAUAACGACGAGUGCCUGGACGAGGAGGCCGAGCCCUGCAUCGGGGGCCGCUGCACCAACACCAUCGGCUCCUACUACUGCUCCUGCGACCCCCCUCUGGUGCUGGACGGCUCCCAGCGGCGCUGCGUCAGCAAUGACAGCCAGGCGCUGGACGCCAACCAGGCCGUGUGCUGGCAGGAGGUGGGUCCCGACCUGGUGUGCGGGCGGCCCCGGCUCGACCGGCAGGUCACCUACACCGAGUGCUGCUGCCUCUACGGCGAGGCCUGGGGCAUGGACUGCGCCCUCUGCCCGGCCCGCGACUCAGACGACUUCGAGUUCCUCUGCAACGUGCUGCGCCCGCCCAGCUACGGCCCCGUGCGCCCGGGGCUGGGCUCGUCCUACGAGUACGGCCCCGAGUUCGCACCGCCCUACGGGCUGCCCUACGGCCCCGAGCUCUUCGCGGGGACGGGGCCGCGCGCGCCCCCCCCGGGGCUGCGCCCCGACUACGACCCCUACGGGCUGGGGGCCGCGGGGGGCUACGACCCCCGGGGGGGGCCCCUCUACAGCCCCCCCCGCUACGAGGCCACCGACUUCGAGGACUUCGAGGGGUCCUACCGCCGGCCCGGCGCCCCCCGCUCCUACCGCCCGCGCAGCCCCCCCAGCGACCCCCGCUACGAGCCUGAGGACCCCCCGCCGGGCCCCCCCUGGCCCUACCAGCCCCGGGACACCGGCGCCUUCCCCGAGCGCCCCGGCCGCGCCAGCGAGGACGACCGCUACGAGCAGUUCGAGGGGCUGCAGGCGGAGGAAUGCGGCGUGCUCAACGGCUGCGAGAACGGGCGCUGCGUGCGGGUGCCCGAGGGCUACACCUGCGACUGCGACCAGGGCUACCGGCUGGACACGGCCCGGCUGGCCUGCGUCGACGUCAACGAGUGCGCCGAGGCCGCCGCCUCCCCCACGCUGUGCCUCAACGGGCGCUGCCUCAACACCGAGGGCUCCUUCCGCUGCCUCUGCCCCCGCGGCUACGUCCUGGCGCAGCCGCCGCACCGCUGCGUGCCCGCGCGCCCCCGGGCCUGAGGGCGCCCGCCGCCCCGGCCCCGCGCCUGCCCGGGCCCUGUAUUUAUUGUGUGUAUAUAGGAGCGGGGCUGGAUGUACAGACGCCGUGGGAGGCGCCGGGACCCCCCCCCCCCGGCUCCCCGCUUGCCGGCCGGGGAGGGGCCCGUGCUGCCCCGCGGGGCGGCGGAGAGCCCCGGGGCUGGGGGGCCUCUCCGCACCGCCUGAAGCCCCCGACCGCCCCACUUUCACAGAAUAAAGGUUUUCUAUAAAACGA